ACGGUCACACACAAAGUCAUUGUGGGAAAUGGUGUGUAAAAGAAGAAAGUUUUUUCUUUAGUCGGACCGGAUUUAAGUAGCAUGAAUGAAAUUUAACGGGCUCAAAAAGCUGGAGUUGGUAUAUGAGACGUGUAUGUGGACGUAACAUUCGAUUUAAAGUAGCAGAAACAAUGCGGAUUUCCAGGCUGUGGCUGCAGUCGUGUUGUGUGAGCGCUGUGCUGUCUGGACGCUUCUCCGUCUCCUCGUGCUCACGCAUGUUUUCGUCCUUCCCUGGUUUACGCUCGCGCAAAAAGAGCAGUCACUACGGCAACGUGGACUCUGAUCAUUAUUCAUCACUGGUGAAGUCAGUCGUGUCUACGAGAAUCAGCUCUCAGACUCCACAAAGUAUUGAAAAAGAAGACCAAUUGCUUUACGGAUCUAUAGUAAAAUCCAAGGCACAGGUGUGCAGACCGCUUAAAAACCCACAGCCUCUGUUUAUCGACGCAAAACGUGUUCUAGACGCAGAGAACAUGGAGGGAAUCAUGACCCGGAUAAAACUGCACAGAGAUUCAGAUCACGCCUCUAUACCAAGUGUAACACAAAUACUCAAAAAGACAAUGUCAGUGCAGCAAAUGUUUUAUUUGGAGAGAUGGAAGAAAAAGAUGAUCGCUGAGCUUGGUGUAGAAGGCUUCAACGAAUACAUCAACAAUCUUUUCACACAGGGAAAACUGUUUCAUGCAGCUGUUGAAGGAAUUUUAACUGGAGAAAAUAACUUAAAUGAAGAUGGCGAGUGUGUGGAAAAGGUUUCUGGGUAUUUACAAAGUAUCAGUCACGUGUUGGAAGACGUUACAGGAGUGAAAGCCAUCGAGAGUGUUGUACUGCAUGAGCCUCUGCAGUACCUGGGCAUUGUAGAUUGUGUUGCUGUAUACAAGAAUUCACUGUGUGUCAUAGAGUGGAAGACAUCAGAGAGGCCAAAACCUUUCCUUCACAACACAUAUGACAAUCCCUUGCAGGUGGUUGCAUAUAUUGGAGCCUUAAACAGUGACAGAAACUACAACUACCAGGUGGACAGUGGAUUGAUUGUUGUUGCCUACAAAGACGGUUCACCAGCCCACACUCACUUCCUGAAAUCAGACCAGGUUGUGCAAUAUUGGGAUAAAUGGCUCUACCGACUGGAGGAAUACAAUGGACAAUGAUUAACCAUCCAGUUUUUACUGACAGUUUAAAAAACCAAAAGUACAUAUAAUUAUGUGCUGUAUGUAUAGUUUCGUAUUUUUGCAGUGCCCUGCUUUUGUUAACUUGGACCUCCAUUGAUAUAAAGUUAUCUCUUGGACAUUGAAUUUGACUGCUGUGGUUGCAAGUAAAUUUAUACAGUGUUGCUUGAAAGUUUUGUGAAACUAAGAAAUUUCUAGAUUUCAAUGUCAAAUUAGAGUCCACCUGGUUUCAGUCAGUGAUAUGACAAUCAGUUCUCCAUGAGUGUCCUAUUUUAUUAAAAGAACAGAGAUCUAUCAAAGUCUGCCACAUUCUGAAUCAGAAGUGAUCAACCAACAAAGAUCGCUCCAAAAGCAAGACGUGUAAUAGUCUGUUUGGUCAAAAAAGGAACCCAGAAUAAUUUUUUUAAAAAUUUGUGAAGGAAUAAAACUUUUUGUUUUAAAA